AUGAGCAAGAAGCAAAAUAACGAGCCCAUCAAAGGCCAAGCCUCGCUAUUCUCCUUCUUCAAGAAGAGCAGCGACACGCCGUUGUCCUCGGCGCCGUCGCAGCGGGCCACUCCCUCCUCGACCACGACUACAGCUCGGAGCACCGGUAGCACCACCGCCACUUCGGCCGCCGCCUCGUCCGGGACCAAGCAGUUUUCGACGCCUCUGACAGCCAGCAAGAAGCCUGCAUCGUCUCUUUGGACUGCCAGCACCAAGAAGCAAGCCGAGGACGGCGCGACCGGCACCGCUGCUGCCCCCACCUCGUCUUCGUUAGGAGGCACUAAGAAUGUCAACCGCACACCGCUGACCGAACGUCGCCUCGCUCCUUCGUCGUCGGCAUCGUCGUCGGCAGCCGCGCCUGCGCAUGUCGGGUCCAUGACCAACACCCUCCUCUCACUUCGGAAGCCGACGCGGUCGUCCCUUCGUCCUCCUCGGCGCCGUCCUCGAUCAAAAUCGUGAGUCCGCUGGUCGGAACUUUCGUACACGCGUCUUGCACAGAGCUGACCUCUCAUGAUUCACUGUCGCGCUAGCCUACCAAACGAUCUGCUGUCGUCGACUCGGAAGAUGACGAAGCCGAGGACGAGAUCGUCGCCUUUAAGAAGAAGUUCUCCGUGGCCAAAACCAGAGCCAAGGCCACGGCCGUUGCUGACUCUGAAGAUGAGCGAGGUGGGUCUGCUCCACGGUCUGGGAUCAAGUCGGGCACUGGCGUCGGCUGAUGCUUGCGCAUCCGAGCCCUGCAGCGUUCCUUGAUGAUGAUAGCUCAUCGGAGGAAGAGGUCCGACCCCGCAAAAAGGCGACAAAGGGCAAGGGCAAGAAGGCCGACGACGACGACGAUUUCUCAGCGAGUGGGGGUGCCGACAGCGACAGUCAGUCGCGAGUCACGAAUUUGUAGAGGGUCCAUCUAUAUUACUGACGCCUGCCUUGUGCUGUAGGUGAAGACUACUUCAAGGACGACAUCGACAUGGACGAGGUCGAUAGCGACGCUUUCGAGCCUGCGCUCAAGAGCAAGGGCAAAUCCGUCGCUUCGUCUUCCCCUUCAACGAGCAAGAAGGCGGCCCCGACUGCGUCACGACCACCCCUCAAAUCCGCUGGUGCUUCGGGCUCGGGCGGGCUGUCAAGCAUCAAGACGCAAGCCGAAGUGGCGCGAGAGGUUAGUCGUGCCGGUGCCGAGCGCAACCGCUCACGCUGACGACCGUGGUUGGCGAUACAGAAAGCGAAGCAGCAGAAGAACGCCAACGAGGCCACCUUCAGCUUCCUUGUGGAUCCCAAAGAUGUGAGUCUAUGCCCGAGAUGUUGCACGCGGAGAGACGGAUGUGCGUUCUGACAAGAAUGGUUCUGCUCAGGCCGACGGCAUUCGUCCUGGAGAGCCGGGUUACGAUCCUCGCACGUUGCGCAUCCCGACGAAAGCGUGGAACACAUUCACGCCUUUCGAGCGUCAGUUCUGGGAGAUCAAGCAGAAUCACUAUGACACGGUCCUUUUCUUCCAAAAAGGCAAAUUCUUCGAGCUCGUGAGUUGUUUUUCAAAUCGGAUGGCUGCUGUAGCCCGCUGAUUCAUCCCUCCACUUGUGAUCGCAGUACGAGGAGGAUGCCGCGAUCGGACAUCGCGAAUUUGAUCUGAAGCUGACCGAUCGCGUCAAGAUGAAGAUGGUCGGAGUGCCCGAGGCGAGCUUCGAUUUUUGGGCCGCCAAGUUCCUCGCCCAGGGGUACAAGGUCGGCCGCGUCGACCAAGUCGAGACCGCGUUGGGCGCCGAGAUCCGAGUCAAGGACGGCAAGGCGAAUGGCAAGCCCGCGGCGAAAAAGACCGGCAGCCAGAAGGAGAUUGUUCGCCGUGAAUUGAAGAGCGUGUUGACAUCGGGUACGCUCGUCGAUGGCAGUCUGCUUACGGAUGACUUGUCGAGUCACUGCGUUGCUAUCAAGGUCAGUCUCGAAGCGUUCAGCGUCAGGAGCAGACCUGAGCAGGUGUCUCAGCAUGAAGAAGCUGACGCUUUGGUGACCUCACACAGGAGGACACCCCAACCGCAUCGUCGAUCCCCACCUUCGGGGUAUGUGUGCUCGACGCCUCCACGGCCCAGUUCGACCUUUCAUUCUUCGCCGACGACACGGGACGCACCCAACUCGAGACACUCAUCCGUCAGCUCAAGCCCAAGGAGGUGAUCCACGAGAAAGGCAACUUGACCGUCUCAACCUUGCGCCUCUUGCGCUCCUGCCUCAGCAUCGACACCCAGUGGACCGCGCUCAAGGCGGGCACCGAGUUCAAACGCGCCGACGACACGCGCAAGUCGCUCGUCAAGCUUUUCAAACAGGCCAAGGAGGCCAACUCGAGCAACGACGGUAUCGAUGUCGAGACGGCCGCCGAGGAGGAAGAGGUGGCGCUGGUACCCGAGAGCAUCCGCUCAAUGUACGACAAGCCCCUCGCCAUGUCGGCCCUGGGAGGCAUGAUCUGGUACCUCGAGCAGCUCAACCUCGACAAGGAGCUCGUGACCAACAACAAUUUCAACAUCUACGACCCAUUGUCCCAGGGCCGUGCGCUAGUGCUCGACGGCCAAACAUUGGCUCACAUCGAAGUAUUGCAGAACUCUCAAGGUGGCAUCGAAGGGACGCUGCUGCAGCUGCUCAGUCGAUGCGUCACCCCCUUUGGCAAGCGUCUCUUCAAAGUCUGGCUAUGCGCUCCGUUGCGAGAGGCCGCGGCGAUCAACCAGCGCCUCGAUGCCGUGGAGGAUUUGCUCGCUCACGCCAACUUCGUCUCGACUUUUGACUCGAUGGCCAAAAAUAUGCCAGAUCUUGAGCGCAUGCUUUCGCGCAUCCACGCCAAGUCGUGCAAGAAGCAGGACUUUCUCAAGGUCGUCGCCUCCUUUGGCAAGGUCGCGAGGACGCUCGAGGUGCUCGGCAACCUCGCCGACGAGUUCGUUUCGACUGGAAUCCCGCAGUUGAUUCGGAGUGCGCCGGAUCUGGGACCUUUGCUGGAGGAGAUCGAGGCGAUGUAUGACGGGGACGAGUUACUGCCUGUUGAAGGCAAGGACGAGCAGUAUGAGGUGAGUGGGUAGCCUGGGCACGGUCUAAAGCUGUCUACUGAUGUUUCUGGCCAUCUUUCCGCAGGUUGUUCGGCGGAAGGUCGAGCAGAUCGAGGAACAGCUGGAUGAGCAGUUGGAGAAAGCCAAGAAGGAUUUACGGUGAGUCGAGGGCUAUUCUCGAUGGAGCAAACUUCCUCAGCUGCUGAGCCGAAUGUACACGCUCUCGUCUGCAACAGCUGCCCCGCAAUCAUCUACCGCGAUAUUGGCACCAAGGAUAUCUUCCAGGUCAGUGAUCACUUUUCGUCCGUGUCGUCGAAAAAAACAAUGACACGAGUGCUGAUCUGUUUGCUGCGAUUCCAGAUCCAAGUCCCGGUCAAGAUCAAAGCACCUUCCAAUUGGACCAAGAUGUCCAGCACCAAAGUGAGCCCGAGCUCAAUUACAGUCAAUUUGAGUCUGCGCUGAGCAGAACGUGUGUCUUCCUCGACUCUCUCAGGAUGUGAAUCGUUACUGGUCGCCCGAAGUGACGCGUUUGGUGACCAAGCUCAAGGAGGCGCGUGAGCGCAAGCAAACUGUCGUCAACGAGUUCCACUUGCGCGUCUACGCUGCCUUUGACCGCGACUAUUCAACGUUCUUACAAGUCGUCAAGACAGUCGCCGAGCUCGACUGUCUGUUCAGUCUGUCCAAGAGUUCGGCGGCGCUCGGUGAGCCCGCGGUCCGGCCAGAGAUCGUGGCCGAUUCGGAUCGCGCUGUGCUCGAGUUCGAAGAGCUGCGCCAUCCUUGCGUACUCAAGUGAGUUGAUUCACUACGAUAAGUUCUUUUUGUUCAUGUACUUAGUCGAGCCUUGCGCAGUGCUUCGGUCGAUUUCAUCCCCAACGACGUCACUCUCGGCGGUGACGCCGAGCAGCUCAUCUUGCUUACGGGUCCCAAUGUGAGUAUUCUGGCCCACGGGACUGUUUGAUUGAAGCUUACAAGGUUCCUUGAUCUUCACAGAUGGCGGGUAAAAGUACACUACUGCGCAUGACCUGUGCCGCCAUCAUCAUGGCUCAACGUGCGUGUGAAGGGCACCACAGUGGAAACCCCCGUCCCAAUCUGACUAACUGUCCAUCGUCGCACAGUUGGCUGCUUCGUACCGGCUGCCAGAGCGCGCAUCGCCCCCGUCGACGCCAUCUACUCUCGAAUGGGUGCCAACGACUUUAUCUUUGCGAACGCGUCGACGUUCAAGGUCGAAAUGGACGACUGCAACAAGAUCCUGACCAAGGCGACACCUCGAUCGCUCGUCAUUCUCGAUGAGCUUGGACGCGGUACCAGCACGUAUGAUGGGAUGGCGAUUGCCUACUCGGUCUUGCAUCGCUUGGCGACCCAUGUUGGUUGCGUCGGCUUCUUUGCUACCCAUUUCACGUCGCUCACUGAGGACUUUGAGGUGAGUGGACGACAACGACAUCUUCGAUCACCACAGUUGAUGGCCGCUGACCAAAUUGUCGUCGUAUUCUUCGCAAUCUCUGGAUCACAGUACCAUCCUCAGUGAGUCCCGCUGCAUUGCCGAGUAUGUUCUUGUACGACAGUUCGCUGACCGCCAACUGGCUGCUCAGAAUUCGACUGUGCAACAUGAGCACCCAGGUCUCGGAUGAUACUCGAGCAGUGGUUUUCUUAUACAAACUUGUGAGCUCAGGCGAAAAUUUCCAUCUGUUCGUUGUGCUAGAACCUGACACCAGACUUGGGUGACUGUAGAUCAACGGCUCGGCGCCAAAGUCGUACGGACCCCAUGUGGCGGCGAUGGCGGGUAUGCCCGAGUGAGUUGUCUGCUCCAUCAUUGUACAACUGGAUCAACUGGCACACUUCACUAACCCCGAAACCUUUUGAGGAUGUGUUCAGCUCGCUCGUUCAACGCGCAAUCGACAUCUCGCGUCAAUUCGAGACGACCUCCCGAGCGCGCGAGCGCAAGAUGCGCGCCAACGAGUCCCUGCCGCUAACGCUCCAAGCUGAUGCGGCGUUCCUCAUAAAGCUAGCUCAACUCGGCCUGGACUCGUACGAAGGUGACAAGUCGCAGUUGGUUCGCACGUUCAAGACGAUCAAGCAGGGUAUCGAUCUCGUGCACCGGAAACCUUGCGCGGCAUCUCCAUCGUCGUCCGCACCCGCGGCUCCUUGA